ACCGGACCGUGGCGAAGAAAAGCCACAACUGGACCGAUAAACACUCGGCGUGUUCGAUUUUUAUUCUUUUUAAUUUAUUUCUUGCCACUGAACGCGUGUUAAAGUCAACAUCGUUGCGUUAUGAAAUGCGUCGCGUAGGAGAGAUUCAGAUACGCUUUGAUGUGAUUUUCCGGGGACCAUGACCAACGACCAUGGCAGUGGAUAACUGGUUCCAAACCUGGCAUCCCCCUGAUAGCAUUUUUCAGCAAUCACCUUUCUUCGAUACGCUCGGAAACGAGAACUUCACCGUUAAACAGGAUCGGAUUCGAGUUAAAACCAAGAGACCGGAGUCCUUCUUACCGCUCUUGCUGUCGCUGGGAUUGAUGCAACCAUCGAUAACAGAGAAAAAAAUCAAUCAGCCUUUAGAACUCACGGGUCCGUUCAAAACAUGGUACCGAUGGAAGACGUUGGACCUGGACUAUCCUUCGGAUGAGGCCCGGUCUCGUGCAGUAGCGUACGACGAGUUUAUCCCCGAAAAUAACCUGCCUCUAGGAUUGGAGACUUACGGGGAUCGGAUAUUCCUGUCAAUGCCCAAAUGGAAGCCGGGGGUACCGGUGACCUUGGCCACGGUGCCAAGACUAGCCGUGGAAGAGUCUCCCAAGCUGGUGCCGUAUCCAAAUUGGGAUUGGCACUCGGAAAAAACCUGCGAUGUCAUAACGUCGGUAUUUCGAAUGCAAGCCGACCACUGCGGAAGACUGUGGGUCUUAGACUCGGGCACCAUAGAAGUCACCAUAGACGCUAAGCAACAUUGCCCUCCGAAACUGCUCAUAUUCGACCUCCGCACCGACGAACUGAUCGAGAAAUACGUUUUCCCGGACGAGUUCAUCAAAGAGGACGGACUGUACUCCAACAUAGUACUCGAUUUCAGAGACGGCGACUGCGACAACAUCUACGCCUAUAUGACUGACGUGUGGAGGUACGGCAUCGUCGUGUUCAACCUAGAAACCAAGGACGCUUGGAGGGUGACCCAUCCCUACUUCUAUCCUGAUCCGUUCGCCGCAACCUACAGACUGCACCACCUGGAGUUCCAUUGGAUGGACGGGAUUUUUGGUGCGGCCCUGAGCCCCGCCCGGCACCCGUUCGACGACAGAACUCUGUACUUCCAUCCGAUGUCCAGUUUUCGAGAGUUUUACGUGAAAACGUCCGUACUGCAAGACGAACACCGCUGGCAAGAGGACAAACACCAGUUCAAGGUAUUCGGUCAGAGCAGGGGCGCAAAAGGCCACGUGUCCGGUUCAGUUAUGGACAGGAAUGGCGUCCUCUUCUACAAUCUAGUCACCAAGGACACCAUAGGGUGCUGGAACUCGCGGAAGCCUUACAAAAGGGAGAACCUGGGCGUGGUGGCGACCAGUCGGCAGACUUUGGUGUUCCCCAACGACAUCAGGCUCGAUCAGGAAGAGAGACAGAGCAUUUGGAUAGUCACCAACAGGCUGCCUUACUAUUUGAUCGAGGGACUCGACACCAGCAGGAUCAAUUUCAGGGUGAUGUCGGCCUACACCGACGAAGCAGUCAGGGGUACCAUCUGCGACACCGACAUUAACCGGAACGACACCUACGUACCUUUCGAAGGCGAAAACGAUUGUUACUGAAUGCCGUAAAAAUAAAUUUUUCUAUUUUUUUGAAAAAA